GGCCCAGACAGUCCCGGCGCGGGCGGGCUCCUCUCUAGCCACCCCUCUCUAUGGUGCCGGCUGCUCGCACCGGAAGUGGAAGCGCGCUCCGGUCUGCAUGGCGGGGCCGGGGCCUGCGGGUGGCGCGGCCAUGGCGGAGGUGCCGGAGCGGGAGCGGCUCUUCCUGCGGCAGCACCCGCUCCUCAGCCUCGCGGAGCCGGGCAAGGUGAGGUGCCGGCUGACGGGCCACGAGAUGCCGUGUCGGCUCUCGGAGCUGCAGGCCUAUACGAACGGCAAGAAGUACCAGCGGCUGAUAAAGACGGCCAGAGAGUUUGACUAUGGCAAGUUUGAGCCCCACAUAGUGCCCAGCACAAAGAACCUACACCAGCUGUUUUGCAAGCUCACUCUCCGGCACAUCAACAAGUUUCCAGAGCAUGUGCUGCGUCACGUCCAAGGGAAGCGCUAUCAGAAGGCCCUAAAAACAUAUGAGCAGUGCCAAAAGGAAGGAGUGGAGUACGUCCCCGCCUGCUUGCAGCAGAAGAAGCAGCGGCCGCAGCACCCUGACGACCAGACAAAUGGGAGCACGCGACCUCACAGAAAAGAGGAGUUCUGGGAGCCAAAGUCCAGUGAUGAGGAUGGAGCGGAGACAGACGACAGCAUGAGCGACCUGUACCCACCUGCGCUCUUCCCAGAAAAAAGCCCGGCAGCUCCACAAACCACAAAGAGCAGCAAUGACUUUGCAACAGACAGCGAGGAUGAGGGGGCCAAGCAGAACGGUGACGUGAACGGCAACGACGGUGGAAGAAUGGAUGUCAGCAGAGCAGCUGGCAACAAAAGAGGAAAGGUGGGAGUCGUGCUGCUGCGUGGGAGCGCAGAACCGGGAUCCCAGCCCAAACAGUCAGGCCCUUUAAAGAAGAAAUUCAAGAGUCAUCAUCGAAAACCCAAGAAAUUCAAGCAAGCAACAAACAGCAAAUAAAUUUUAUGGAAGAGGGUUUUCAGAAGGAGAGAAAGCCACCACUGACCAGCGCGGCUGUGGAGUGUCACCAGUCACACCCGCCAAGUGGAUACAAAGAUGCCAUUGUUUUAUUUUGAUUGUUUCCAAAAAUCAAAACAUUUUCAAACACAACUAAGGUACAAAAUACAGCAUAAAAUGAGAAUUUAUACUUUUUUUUUUUUCCACAUAGAAAGCAAAAAUAUAUUCAGAAUGAAUUCCAGAACACUUU